UUCUUGCAUCGUCGAAUCUCUAACAUUGUACUUUAACCCAAAGCUAAAUAAGUUAUCAAAUGAAACCAUAUUUACGUUCGUUUAUAAAAAAGGCAUUUCUUUUGGUUGGCAUUGUAAAUUCAUAAUUACCAUGUACAACGAUCAUUCUACGUACUACUUCGCAAUUAAAUAGGUCAGCAAUGCAAUCUUAUUUUUAUGGAGAAGAGAGAGAUGGAGUUAUAAGUGCGAAGAGCAUAUCAGAGCGCCACAUUGCCAAUGACGCCCAAUAUCGCGGAGUGUAUGUGUUUUUACGUUGGCAGCACUGCUUUAGUUCACCAUCGCGACCGCAACGCAGCGUUAGCGUCGUGCAACACCUUUCAUUGUAUUGACUAUUGACUGAUUCUGAACACAGAAUAAUGUAUAAAACUAAUUUAUCAUUGAAUUGUCUUAGUUCUUAUUAAAAUAUAUUGUAGCAUAUCUUAGUUUAAGUGUAAUAAUGCCUCCGUUUACGUAAAAGUGAAAGAAGACAGCCCGUCGAGUGCUACGCGGCCAUUUUACUUGCAAUGCGGCAACGGUGUACGGUCCGCCAUUGGAAACGGCCAGUGUCUUUUUCUGUGUGCAAGAUUUGUAUUUUGUCGAUUUGCUCGGCAUAGAAACAAAGGUUAACCAUGUGUGAUAAAAGUGUAGUGCGGACUUUAGUGUAGUGAAGCACGGUGGUCGGGUGUUUCGAAUAAUGUGCGAACGAUGGAAAACGAAGUGAAGCAGCGCAAUCAGAGAAAUAGGCGAAGGGAGCGGGCCCAGCGCAUGCAAGCACAGCGAGAGAGUAAAGUUAAGGAUGGGGACAGCGGCGAGGACGAGUCUCCGGCGAGAGAAAAGCCACCUCGUCCUCCAGCCCGGAGGAAGAAGUCGAGGGAACCCCUCGGAGAGGAAGACAUCAUUGAUGGAUUCGCCAUAAUGGCAUUUCGCACCUACGAGGAUCUCGAGGCUGCCGUAAAAUGCGUUUCCUCACCCCGCACCAUCGCGCUGUCCACCAAGCCCCGGUUACCGUUGGCUGCGCUUGCAGGCGACGCAACCCGCAACCACACCACCAGCAACGUCAAUUCACAUGGUAUUACGCUGCUUCAAGACGCUGGAACGUCGGAUGAUAGUGGACGGGCAUCAGAAAGACUCACGGGCAGCUCAGUGGCACCCCGGGAUCCCGAUUCCUCUCGCGACCGACUUAGCGAUGCCAGUAGCCGCUGUAGUUCCGGAAAAGGCUAUAUCUGUGAUAGUGAGGGGGACGACGAUAAGGCGAGUCCAGAGAAUAGCAGAAAUGCAUCCCCUAGAUAUCACGAUGCGUCGAUGGACGACGCAUCGGACGCCGGCUCUCUGUUCCGGGUGACAGGCACGGGCGGCGGUGGAGGCGGUGGCGUUGGCAUUGGCGGCGGCGUAGGCGGCGGCAAGAAUGAGCUGGUUGCGCGGGGCGGAAGCGGCGGCGCGUUGGCUCUAUCCCGCGCACCAGUUGGCGGCAGCGCCAGCCCUGCGCCCGCGCCGCUACCGCAGCCCGCUCCCUCGCCCGCGCCCGCCGCGUUGCCACCGCCCGCCCUGCCGCCGCCAACGUUCCGCGCUGACACGCCGCACCGCAAUAACGGUGCACACAUACCUGCGCUCGACGGCCAAGCCGCCACGCAAAUUCCCGCGCGACCCGUCGGAGCCGCUGGGCCGGACACUCCUGAACGCCCGGCCAGCAAUAACAAACUCCAACCCGGAGCGCGUGCCGCGGCCGACAGCCCAACACCGGCCCCGCCCGCGCCCCCUGCGCCAUCGCCGCUCUUCCCCACGCACACCGCCUACCAGUCUCAUGCAGCAGCCGCGCUUCCAGACUACCGACACACCAACCACGAGACGCGGACCGAGCCGCAGCAGCCUGAGCAGCCGCAUGCGCCGCUCGACCUCCACGCUCAUCACCCAGCGCCGCGGCCGCCGCACCUGCCGCCGACGGUUACCCCGACGACGCAUCCUAGUCUCCCGAACCGCGUACCCCACUCGCAACCCCACCCUGUGAUACCCGGCCACGACGUCCGAAACGCGUCACCGGCACAGCCGCAGGUGCAUUCUUCCGUUCCUACCUCGUUCCCCAACCGCAUUGUGUCAAAUGGCGUGCCACAGAGCAUCGCAUCGCUGGCGCCUCCCGCGUCAACUCCCAGCAGUCUUCCGAGUCAGAUAUCUUCCUGCCGGCCGGUUUCGCCGGUGGCCCCCAUUUCCCGCCCCUACCCCACCCCGUCUAUCGGGUCUAGUCAUGUAAACUCGAGUAUAAGUUCCAGUAUUCACAGCCAUUCGAUACCCUAUCCGGGUCAAUCGAGUUUACAGAAACAUUCCGUGCAGCCGAUGUACGCGAGUCGACCCUCGCAUCACACAGCUUUCAGUGUGGCAAACCACAUAUCUGCCAAUCACCUGCCGACUUCUACUUCGAAUCCACCGGCCGCGAUGCAUUUCAGUCAUCCUCUCAGCCAUAGUAUUAUGAGCCACGCAAAUAUUCCAAUGAGCGGUUCCAAUCCACUGGCGACGUCGACGCCGAAUCACAUAAGCAGCUCACCGCAUUUAUCGAGCACCACGACCACAAGUACAAUAUCGAGUUUCACGCCCAGUAUAAAGCAUCCAGGUUUAAGCUUGCCUCCUCACCCGGCGUCCUUAGCGCCGGCAGUUUCGUUACAUCAACCUAUGAAUAUAGAUCCCACUCCGAUUCCAACCGCUCCGACGGUGCUAACUCCGGCGUCUAGUAGCAGUAGUGUAAAUAGUCACUCGUUAGUGCCACCGAUGGUGGAUUCCAGGCAAUUGCCGACUUCUGCCAUCGAGAUACCGACGCGAAGUGAAAGCGCCACCGUGAGUUCCGCAAUGGUGACAAAUGGCUAUCCUCCCCCAGCCGUGUACUCGGCUGGAUCCUAUCCUGCCUUGUAUGCUCCUUAUGCACCUACACUCCAACAUAGUCCAUACCUUCCCCCAUCUGCCGCGUCGCCGAGAAAUACCGCUGAUACGCGGACAAGCCUUUCCGCGUCUCCAUUGGUGGCUCCGAAGACGCCGAAAGGCGUGCGGCCGCAUACGCCGGGCUCAUUGGGAGCGGCGGGUGCGCACGCGCCUCUUUCAUACUCGCCGCGGGGACACAGUCCCAGCAGAGAGCGAGAAAGCUUCAGCAGCAACAUCAGCAGUUUGUCGCGAAGCACGGCUGCAUCGGGCGGCACAUCUGCCGCGCCCACGGUCUCAUCAGCACUUACAGCACCAAUGGCGGCGCCGCUCGUUGCCCCACUUGCUGGACCGUUGCCGGCACCUUUACCUGGUCCAGUCCCAACGCUGGGCGUUCCAAGUACCCUAGGCCCGCUAUCAACGGGGCUCAGUUCGCUGACGGGGUUAGCAGCUCCUACGCCAACCGCGCCAACGCCCGUCGCGCCGCACCUGGCACACUCGCUUGCGCCCGUGCCCACCGUGCCAAGUAUAAGCUCCAGUGCCAAGCCGCCUGCGCACUGGGGGGUAACCAGGCCCACUGGCGCGGAGAGGACCGGCUUCGCGCCCGCGCCACCUCUGUUUGGUGCGCCACUGCCUCCGCCUAAUCCGAACCCCUUCUCUGCAGAAUCACUAUUUCAAACCAGUCCCGGUGCCGAUCUGCUCCGUCGGGAACUAGACAACCGGUUCCUGGCGGCGGCGGGCGCGGUUGGCGUGCGAACGGAGCUUCACCACCACCAGCACCAGCACACGCACGUGCACCAGCACCCGCCUGCAUCGCACGCGCCGCACGCGCCGCACGCGCCUCACGCGCCUCAUGCGCCGCACGGCCAACACGCACCGCACGCCCCCCACCCGCCCUCUGCGCCGCACCAUCCACAUCAGCUGCUCAUGCCGCACGCGCCGCUGUUCAAAGAUGUUGGGAAAAUGACGUCACUAUACCGAACCGGCCUCAGCCUUGGUUACCCGUACUCUUCGAGUCUACUGCACCCUGCGGCGCCCUAUGUGCCUCCCGCCCCACUCACCACUUACGCCCCUAAGCCCGUAGUGUCAGCCGCAAGCGACUCCGCAACUAAACCACCACUACGCCCCGCUGUCGCGAAAACCGGUAAAUGGAAUGCGAUGCACGUCCGGAUCGCAUGGGAGAUCUACAAUCAUCAGCAAAAAGAAAAGACGGGCGGCGCGGCCGGAUCCCUCGGCGGCGACAAAGACAAGCUGCGGGCCUUCCCCGCGCCCGCCCCGCCGCCGCCCGCCUACCGCUCGCCCUACGAGCUGCCGCCCGCGCCCUACCUGCCGCACCACACGCCGCUGGGCCUGGUGCGCUACCCCGCGCGGCCCUCGCUGGCGCCCACCCAGCUGGGCGCACCGCCCGACCGCCACCUGGGAGUCUCGGGCGUGUCGCCAUUCGCGCGCUACGGCGCCGGCGCCUUCCCGGGCGCGCCCACUCCCUUCGGCUUCUCGGCCUACAGCCGCGAGCUGGCGCUGUCAUCGUCCCUGCACGGCAUGCACCACGCGCCGCCCAUGAGCUCGCUGCACGACGCGUGGCGCGGCGUGCGCCCGCCCGUGUCCGCCGCGGCAGAGGUGCGGCGCGAGCACGAGGAGCGCGAGCGAGCGCGCCGGGAGCGCGAGGAGCGCGAGAGACGAGACCGCGAAGAGCGCGAGCGACGAAAGCUCCGUGAACAGCGAGAACGUGAAAUCGAAAGAGCGCGAACGCGCUCGCCACUGCGCAACGGAGUCCCGGAACAACCCAAGGAGGAGCGCAAAGAACCGCCGCGGCCGCCGCCCGGCCUCGGCGCCUACCCGCCGCCGCCGAUGCCGACGCACUGGGAUCAUGCGUUCCGAUACGACGCCCUGCAGCACAUGCGCUUCGGGCCGUUCGUGGAGGCGGCGAUCCGCGCGGAGGAGGACCGCGCGAAGAUGUUGAACGCGUACGCGCACCACCAGCAGCUGAAGUCGAGCCCGCUGCUGCACCACUCGCGGCCGAUGCCGCCGAUGGGUGGGCACCCGUCGCUCGGCCAGCUGGCGCCGCUCGGGCCCUCGCUGGCGCCGCUCACGCCGCUCGACCUGCUCAAGAAAGAGGAGCCGCGAUGAUAGCGACCGCCCGCGACCCGCCGCUCCCCGUGUACAUAGCGCGACUGACCGAGUGACAGUACGUGUAGUUCCGAGUGUAUCGUUCCACAGUAUCGGUUUAGAGAAUUAUUUAUUGUAACGUCGCUUGCGGACCGCCGGCCGCCGUCCCGGCGCGAGUCGAGCGGUGUCAUGUGCAAUAUAGGACGAGAGCGCGGCCGUCGCGUCGUCGCCGCCAGCCUGUACACUACUGCUUGUUUAUUUACAUGAAAAUAUCUAUCGAGUUGUUAUUGUGACCAUAAUUAGUUAAUUAUACAUUAAAACGCUGAAUUAUGUGAAGGAUAGGAUUAUCGGAAUCGCUAUCGAUAUAAUUAUACAUAUUUAUAUAUACCUAUAAAUAAAAUGUAAAUAUUAGUUGUAAAUUAGUGUUAAAAUAUAGAAUCGGUUUAUUUAACGUCAUACGAAAGAAAAAACCCAUAAAUUAUUAUUCUAUCGGAAGUUUAAUUUACACUUCCGUUAAAAAUCUCAUAAUGGUUUUUCAAUUGUACCAGUGGAGGAUUAUUUAUUUAUUUAUACUUAUUUCACUUUUCGAGUAGACUCAAGCUACAAUUUUUUUUACAAAUAGUGGUUGACAUUUCUUCUUAUGCAUUUAAAAUAUGUGAUAUUAUUAUAUUGUGAAAUACAUUUUGUCUGACUUUCAGAGUAGUUGUAUUUGCAGUUAGAUAAUGUAAUAAAUAAAAUCAUGUUAUCUACUUCCUAACUUGUUUUCAUAAUAGUUUAUGUCGAGCUAAUGAUGCUUCCGUCAAAUAAAAAUGUGUUUAUGGUUUGUCUAAGUAAACUCUAUAUGUGCCAUUAAAGUCUUAAAUUAAUGGACAUUAAGUCAGACAAAAUUGAAAUUAUGAUUAUUAAAACCUGUUUUAAGGCACAUUUGAUGAUUGUGUUUUCAUGAUUUCAUGAAGGGUAACUCAGAAAGAAAUGUAUUAUAGUAACAAAAAUCAUUCUGUAUACUAAAAGUAAAUGAAAGCUUGGUGCGAUUCAGAAAAUACCAUUAAAACUUUUGAUUUUUAUA